AAAAAAAAAGGAAAAAUCGGUUUUGGUUUGUCGAAAGUCGAAUUGUCUUGUCGUUGUCGAAGAGAAGAAGCUACUGCUGUGCUGUGCUGCUGCUGGAGGUUACGACGAAUACGAAAAAAGAAAUUAUAAAAAAAUGGCAGCUACAAGAAGGCUGAAAAAAGAGCUCACCGAUUUGCAGGCUUCUGGACUUAGAUCCUUCAGAGAGGUUCUAAUAGAGGACCAGAAUCUUCUGCGGUGGACGGGGCUGAUUGUGCCAGAAAACCCACCUUACAACAAAGGAGCAUUUCGAAUUGAAAUAAAUUUUCCAGCUGAAUAUCCAUUCAAGCCACCAAAAAUUAACUUCAAAACAAAGAUCUAUCACCCUAACAUCGAUGAGAAGGGUCAAGUUUGUCUUCCAAUAAUUAGCACGGAAAAUUGGAAGCCUGCAACAAGAACAGAUCAAGUUAUCCAAGCGUUAGUAGCACUUGUGAAUGAUCCCGAGCCAGAGCAUCCACUGCGAGCAGACGUUGCCGAAGAGUAUCUUAAAGACCGUAAGAAGUUCAUCAAAAACGCCGAAGAGUAUACAAGAAAAAAUAGCGAGAAAAGACCAACGGAUUAAUAUUAAUUAUCGCUAUAUUCCCGCUUUUCAAAUAUUUUAUUAAUAUUUGUUUUUUCUUUUCUUUAAUUUAUAUUUUCGUGAUUUACUUUCAUUCUUAAUUCAAAAAUAAAAAAGAAAACAAAAAAUGUCCAACAAAUUAUUUUAUAUAAGACCUCAAUAUCUUGCUUUAUACAAACAAAAAUAUGAAUAAAAGAAAAUGCAUGGAUUAAAUUUAAAAUAAAAAAAAUCCAAAAAAAAGGUUUUUUGUGUGGGAAGAGAAAGAAGAAAAAUAAAGGAACUAUUUUUAAGUGAAACUUUUAAAAAAUGUCUACUUAUCGAAAUAGCAAUGAGAAUAAGAAAACAAAAUCACUGCUCAUAGUAAAAAAACAAAACUCUUAAAUAAAUAAAAUUAAUAAGCAGAUAUAUAAAAAUGAAUAUAAAUAUUACAUAGAACCAAAAUGUCUAUGUGCAAAACAAACAAAAAGAACAAUUUAAUAAAAACAAAAACAGAAUAAAUAAGACAAUUAUUGUGAACUAUAUUAAAAACAGAAAAUAAACAAUAUGUAUAUCAAAAAUUUAAAUAAACUGUGUGAAAUUCAUAAUUUCUA